AUGAGAAGAUUAUGUAGAUCAGUCCAAAUAAGGUAUUGCACAUCCAAUGCCUUACAACAGCAACAAAACGCUACUUUCACUCCAGCUCCAGCUGUUGUUCCCAUUCCAAUUCCAGCCGCUCAGACUCCAACUAUUGUUCCCACUCUAACCGCUAAAAAUAGAAGAAUUUUAAUAAACCAAGUUGGUGGCAAAAUCGCUAUCGAAGAAGCAACAAAGUAA